AUGUCUCCUACUACCAGAUCGCCUAGCGACAGUUUUAUCAGUCCCCGGUCAUCGGCCUUCAUACCACGAUCCCCAACGCUUGAAUACGACCCUUCUAUCAGCGGCGGAAGUGAGCAACCACGCACUUCCAUGUCAUCAACAGGCACGAACAAGUCCAAGACAGGGAAAUCCAGAUGGUUGAAUCACGUUAAAGAAUGGCUGUCCGUGAGCGAACCUUCGGCACAGGCGAUGAAGGAGCAGAAGAAGAACACGUUCAGACGGCACGGCAUCGACAUGAAGGAUCCCCAAGCCGCGGUGAAGCUGCACCUACCGAUCGAAAAAAUACCCGAAAACGCCAUCACUUCUACUCGAGGACCAAGCCCAGAAAAGGCCUUUGAGCGUGCACGGCAACAGCGAGAAAUGGCACAGUCUUAUUCGGGAUCGAGCCAGGGAUCUCAUUCGGUGUCGAGCAGCAUCAGCAUCAACACGGCUCCAAGUGCCAAGGAGUAUAACCCUGUUACUCCUUGGGACUCUUGA